GCACGGCACCAAGCCACCAACCACUCACGACUUGCCAGGUCAGAACGCCAAUUGACAGCUCGGGAGCCCACCCCGCGUCAUUACUCAUUUCCAUCGGACUCGCCAAAGCGCCGGCAGCCGCAGCCGCAGCGCCUCGCGUCGCAAUUCGCAAACGCCGGCAACCGCACCGUACCAUUACCGGCGAGGGCGACGACCACCAGGAGCGAUGGGGCGGAAGCGCGCGGUGCUGGUGGGCAUCAACUACCCGGGCACCAAGGCGGAGCUCAAGGGCUGCCUCAACGACGUGGCCCGCAUGCGCCGCUCCCUCGUCGACCGUUUCGGCUUCGCGGAGGCCGACAUCCGCGUCCUCGCCGACGCCGACCCGGCCGCGCCGCAGCCCACGGGGGCCAACAUCCGACGCGAGCUCGCGCGGCUCGUCUCCGACGCCCGGCCAGGGGACUACCUCUUCUUCCACUACAGCGGCCACGGCACGCGCCUGCCGGCCGAGACCGGCCAGGACGACGACACCGGCUACGACGAGUGCAUCGUGCCCUCCGACAUGAACCUCAUCACAGACCAAGAUUUCACAGAGCUUGUGCAAAAAGUCCCUAAUGGCUGCCUGUUCACCAUAGUCUCUGACUCCUGUCACAGCGGUGGCCUGCUCGACAAAGCCAAGGAGCAGAUUGGGCACAGCACAAAGCUGAAACAGGUCAAGCAAGGCAAACGUGAAGAGCGGUCUGAUUCCGGCACCGGCUUUCGGUCCUUCCUCAAAGAGACCGUCCGGGACGCGUUUGAGUCUCGAGGAGUUCACCUCCCUCAGCACGGCCACCAGCAGAGCGGGCACAUUGACAGUGAGGCUGAGGAGCCAGAGAUAGACUCAGGCACCGAUGGCAGCAUCAAGAACCGGUCGCUGCCCCUCUCAACAUUCAUCGAGAUGCUCAAGGAGAAAACUGGGAAGGAUGACAUUGAGGUUGGCUCAAUCCGGAUGACGCUGUUCAGUCUCUUCGGUGACGAUGCCAGCCCCAAGAUCAAGAAGUUCAUGAAAGUGAUGCUGGGGAAGCUCCAGCAGGGCCAGUACGGCGGUGUGGUGGGCUUCGUGGGCGCCCUGGCACAGGAGUUCCUCAAGGCUAAGCUGGAGGGCAAGCAAGGAGAAGAAGCGGAAGAUGCUCUCAAGCCGGCCAUGGAGCAAGAGGUGAACAGCGUCCAGGAGGUGUACGCCGGGACAACGGCGAGGGUGCCCAGCAACGGCGUGCUGAUCAGCGGUUGCCAGACCGACCAGACCUCUGCAGAUGCGACCACACCCAAGGGCAUGUCCUACGGCGCGCUCAGCAACGCCAUCCAGGCUAUCCUCGCGGAGAAGGACAAGAAGGUGACGAACAAGGACCUCGUGCUGAAGGCGCGGGACUUGCUGGCCAAGCAGGGGUACAAACAGCAGCCUGGACUCUACUGCAGCGACAACCACACCAAUGUGGCUUUCAUAUGCUGAAAACCUGAAACUUUAGUUGUCUUUUAUCCAUUGAUGGGAGGAUUCUCCUUGUGUCAACUGUGAACCGAGUGCCGACUGCCAUUUCCUGUGGGUUUGGACUGGAAACCUGGAUGGUAUAUCUUGUGUGAAGAAUGGUUUGUUUGAUGUUUCA